UUGCUGAAAUUGAAAUUAUGAUUUUUAAACAAAAAAUUUUUCCAAUUCUUCAUUCGAUUAUUGGCCAACAACAAUUACGUUUAUUCACACAAACAUGUCGAUUAAAUCGAAUAGAAAAUGUUUUGAUCAUUGGUUCUGGAUUAAUGGGUUCAGGUAUUGCACAAUCAUGUGCUACAAGUGGCCACUUUAAUUCGAUAACAUUACAGGAUGUAUCCGAUCAACAAUUGAAUGUGGCAAGAAAAAAUAUUGAAAAAAGUUUAUCAAAACUUUUAGAAAAGAAAAAAAUCAAUAUUGACAAUGUUGAAAUGACGGUGGCUAGAAUUUGUUUUUCAACCGAAAUGAAACCAAUGGAUGAUAAGAAUCUGCUCAUUAUUGAAGCAAUACCGGAAUUGUUGGAAGCAAAACAGAAUUUGUUUAAAAAUUUAUGUGAACAAUUUAAAUCAAAUGAUACGGUCAUUUAUGCCACGAAUACAUCAUCAUUACCAUGUUAUGAGAUUGGUAAACAUAUCCAUUGUAAAGAUCGUUUUGCUGGUCUACAUUUUUUCAAUCCAGUACCAUUAAUGAAAUUGGUGGAAAUUGCUCGUACCGAUAAUAAUGGUACUAGUGAUCAAACAUUUAAAAAACUUCAACAAUUUGUCAAUGAUAUUGAUAAAGUUAGCGUUGUAUGUAAAGAUACACCUGGUUUCAUUGUGAAUCGUCUAUUUUUUCCAUAUAAACAAGAAUGUAUCAAAAUGGUUGAACGUGGUGAUGCUACUAUCGAAGAUAUUGAUACGGCAAUGAAAUUGGGAGCCGGUUAUCCAAUGGGACCAUUUGAACUUUGGGAUUUAACCGGAUUGGAUACGACAAAAUUCAUAAUGGAUGCAUGGGAAAAACGUGGUGAUCCAACACUAACCAUACAUAAAUCACCGAUAAUCGAAGAAAUGGUUGCCAAAGGACAUUUGGGCAGAAAAACCGGAAAAGGUUUCUAUGAUUAUACAGAUAAAAAAAGCAAAAAAUGAUGAUGAUGAUGAAAUGAUGAAAUGAAUUGAAUUUUUUUUUUCAUGAUUCAAAGUUGAAUUUUUUUUUUUUGAUUGAUUGAAUAAACUUUUAUCACACAACAAUAAACACGAUGAUGACACACAUCAUCAUCAACAACGAGAAAAAAAACCAA